GCGCCUGCGAUGCCCGCACUUGCCAAUCAUGCAGUGCUUCCCUACCUAGGUACGGUACCUAGGUAGACAGCAGGCAACAACCCGCCACUCUCUACUACUGUAUCUCGGAUCCUUUCUAGGGACCUGCAAUAUCCGUCUACAGAAUAGUCCUGCUUGAUGUUGCACUUGGGACGCCUCAGGGUUGCCAUAAUCGGUUCUGAAGGCUGUCCAAGGUGUCAUUCCGUUCCUCACGUCCGGCAAUAAUUAAUAUGUCGCUGUCCCCUUGUCAAUUCCAUGCCACAGCCGAGGCCGCCGAGCCGUGAUGCAUUGCGCUAUCACAAUUGAACGACCCAAUUGCACGCCUAGAACGCCUAGUCAGCGAUCGAGCGACAAUACCAGAUCCUCACUCAUCCAACCCCUGUUCGUCCGACGACUUUCCAGGUGGAUUCAUGUCGCUGGUGGACUGGGGGCCCAGGGCCCAUAGUCCAGCUGAACAGGGGUCCUUGCAAAUCGACCUAGGUACAAUGGAACCACUGCAGAUGGCCCUUAUGAGAGCUGAAGAUUCAUUUGCCGAUCCGCCAACGAACUUGCCUUGCAGCAUCCCCCAGUCCUCAUUAAAUCCGACCGACGAACGCAAGAUAUGCCCGACCAGGAUAGAGGUACAGCCGCUUGCCACACGGAACACGGUGUGCGUUCAUGCCAACCCCAUACUUGACAACCUUCCCUACCGCAUCAGCGAUGAGUGGACCAUUUGGUGGUACAACGUAGAUACAAGCAGGGAGUUUGAAGCUGAACAGCUCAAUUCACAUCAUAACUACGGAGCAUAGCGUGGCCAAUAAUGGCAGUGGGAUACUACGGACGAUUGUUGCGUCAACUUUCCAGGGCAUCACCGGGCAGCUCUCCAGCUGUAUUCGUGGGGAUUCCCGCGGUUGAAGGGCUGACACCCGUGGUCCAAAAACCCACUUUGUGGCUUGUUUGGCGCGCCACAAAGGGACGAACCUGGCGAACUCGUAACCACGAAACCUGGCUGAGGUGGAACGUGGGUCUUAGCACAGUCUUUCAAUCUAUUCCGUUUGAGGCACCUUUGGCUGCUGAAUCUGAGAUGGACCUCCUCCAAGCUGCCCGUCUGCACGGGACCUGAGAGAAUGUUUCACAUCUUCUUGCAAGUGCUUAUCCACCCGAAGACGGCAUCUCAUUUUAGCCUCUCAUGGCGGCCUCCCGGCAGACGGGACGGCUGACUUGCGGGUGAGGGCGAUCUACAGUACCAUCUGGUGAUUGUGUCGGCUCCAGUUCGAGGGGUUCUCCGGCUUGAGUUCGAAUCCACCACCUGGCUGCAGGUCGACCUCGAUAGUUCUUGCCAAUGGCUGCUGAUUUUGCGGAUCCCUCCGCAUCAAGGCUCGGCCAGUGCAUUGUUGUCUAACGAGGAAUCCAAGUUCCGAUUUCAUGGAGAUCUCUGUCCGCGCAGAGCCGGGACCCGUUGAGUGCGUACUUUAUCUUAGUGAUUGUGGCUUGCUCCAUUUGCUUCUUGUUCAGCGGGAGAAUCUUUACUGAAGUGGACGAACAGGAGGUGAAUUGUAAACGCUCGAGGGUCUAGGUCCUGACCAAGGAAGCUCGGCUGCCACCCGAAAUCCGGACAAGGCAUUGUCUUUGCAUAUCAGUCUACAUACAGCCGUUGGAUUCCUUGUCAUGGUAGCCGCUACUUAAGUCUAAAGCCGUCAACCCUCAGGAACACUUCUCCUGCAUGCUCGGUUUGUCUCCUCUGCGACCUAGGUACAUCAGUUCCUGAAGCCUUGCGUUGUGGUUCCAACAACUUUUGGUCUAUCAGCUGUAAACCCUGGUCCCGCUUCUGGAGACAAGUGCUGCCAGCUGGAUAGUAGUUUCGGAUUUUUCUUUUCCUUCUGCUUUCAACCAUCUGACGGGACACAUUCAUAGAGGGUCUGGCAGAGAUACAUGAACGAUGUCGGUCGCCACGGAAAUCAUUGAGCAAACCCAGAGCAAGACUGUCACUAUUGUUACCAUGUCGGGGUCAGAAAAUGAUUCAGCUGAAGCAAGUAAGGCGGCUAAAAAAAGGGAGUACAACCGAAACGCGCAACGCGUAUUCCGACAAAGGCGCAAGGAGCACUUGAGCAAACUCGAAGCCGCGCAACGUGAGCUGACCAGUGUCCAACUGGAAGAAGUCGAGCGGUUGCGUCGCGAGAACCAGUUGCUUGCCCAGGAAAAUGAGACACUGAAGGCAGCAUAUGGCUCUCAGGCCAGUUCACCGGGACCCUCGGUCAGCCCGGCUGAAGUGCGAGCCUCGCCAACAGGCUACCUACAGUUUGGGACAACCGCAGGUGUGGCCCCGUAUCUAGGUGUCUCCGGAACUUCAACUCCCUAUCUACCCGGUCCUCUACUGGGGCCUCUUCCUCCAUCAGCACCACCAUCACUCACGAGUGCUGGCAGCGACCCUAACAACCUGGUGGUCGUGGUACCUCACAAUCUAAUCGAGAUACGCCGAACACUCCAUCAAUGGUUUGGGCCUCUGCUCGAGAUUGCGGUCACCUACAAUCCACAGAGUCAUCUCACUACUCUCGCGGCGCUAGAGCCAUCACUACCCAGCUCCCUAAAACCCUCGCAACUACAGCUUACGACACCUCAUAACGCAUACAUCGAUAUGAUACCUUCGCCCAGUUUAAGAGAUAGUUUGAUUGCGAUCGGUCCAGCAAAUGCCAACACUUUUCUCACGGAAGCUUGUACCAUCGCCUGUGACAUCGAGGAUACAGGACAAAUGACUGUAUGGGGCGAGGACUGGCUCAAUGAGUUUUCUUGGGAAUUCUCUUCGAGCGUCUUAGAAAGAUGGGGUGGUUGGCUUUUGACAGCCGAAUGGGGACAGAGGGCUAACUUUUGGAGACGUCAACGAGGCGCUCCGUUACUUCCAGGAUAUGAAUCUUGAGACUUUGCCUGCAUAAGGUGUUCUCUCAUGAGACCAUUCCCCCCCC